AUGGCUCAGCAAAGGGCAUCUGUUACUCCUGAAUCAACAUUCCCACCUCUAAGAGACAAUGUUUUUGGCUCUGGAUUGGGGACUAAUACACAGAGUACAAAUUUGUUUGCAGGGCAGUCUAAUCAAGCUUUCCGAAUGUUUGAAAGGGGACAAAGUGGGACAGCAGCUUUAGCACCUAAUUCUACUGGAACUUCUUCUCAUGUAUUUGGGGGGAACUUUGCUUUUGCUUCUGCAGCACCAUUGGGACAGAGUGGACAGACAGCUAAUAUUACCACCAACCCAACUUCACAGUUGUUCAGUUCUUCUGCUCCACCAUUGGGACAGAGUGGACAGACAGCACGUUUGACCACCAACCCAACUUCACAGUUGUUUGGUUCUUCUGCUCCACCACUGGGACAGAGUGGGCAGACAGCACAUUUGACCACCAACCCAACUUCACAGUUGUUCGGUUCUUCUGCUCCACCAUUGGCACAGAGUGGACAGACAGCACAUUUGACCACCAACCCAACUUCACAGUUGUUUUCCUCUUCUGGUUCUCAGUCUGCAGCUAAUGUAUUUGGGUCCAGUCAGUCUUCAUUGCUUUUCACCGGAAGUCAUGAGUCUUCCCAGCCUAUACCUGCUGGAAUCUCUUUACCUGCAGGAUCGUUUUCAUUUACUCCUCCUGUCUUCUCUGUGAACCAACGACAGCAGUCUAGUGGAAAUAUUGACACUUUUUCUAAUAAUAACCCUUUGGGUUCUAGUAAUUUUGCAAGUUCCAGUGCUAUGGGAACAGCUGCAGGGUCAACAUUGUUGUCAUCAACUGGAAUUAGAAAAAGGGAUUCAAGCGGAGCUGUGAAUGACAAUUCUUUGUUUGGGAAGCAAGAUAAAAGGUCAGACCCAUCUGAAGCCGCUGCUAAACCUGUGUUUGCUUUGACACAUGAUGUUCACCCACCUACGAGAACUCCACUGUUUAGUAAUGCUGUAUCGUCUACGUCGCAAACAGGAACAGCUUUUUCAGGAUUUCAGCAGUCAAGAGAGACCGUUUCAUUUAGAGAGAAAUUUUCGGACAUUACCAGAGAAGAAAAUGCUGGCAAAGGGACAGUACUGUUUGGUAAAUCUUCAUCAGAGGUUAAUUUGAGAACAAGUGCACCACUACAAAAUGUGGGAUCAAUGUUUCAGCUGGGUCGAUCUACAGAAAACAAUACAACUAAUAACCAGACAUCUUUAUUGCAACCUUCUAUAAUCCCUACAGCUAGCACAUCAAAUGAGAAUUUCUCAGGCUUUGGGACAAACACAUUUUUGUUCAGAGACCCUAAGAAUUCUGCCUCCACCCUGAUGCAGGAGGACAGUUCUGUUGGCUUGUUUAAAAGACCUGAAGUUGAAUCUUUAGAUCAAAAUAGAAAUGUCAAGACCCUAUCAAAAUGGAGUCGUGGGAAAGAAAUAUCGCAUGCUGACAGAAAAAGAAAAGAGCCGGACUUACCAGCAGAGACUUCAAGAGACAAGAAAUCCAAGGUUUCUGAUGGAGAAAAGUUACCGUCACCAACUUCGCCACGUGCCAGAUUGUCAUCAUCCCGAUCAUCAUUGGAUGACCAGGUCAUAAGGAACUCUAUCGUAGUCAGAGACAUUCCAGCACACCUUAACAGAGGCCCAGUUCUCCGCAAACACUUCUCGUCUUUUGGGACUAUCAUCAGAUUACAAACUCUAGCCACCAAGCGAGCAGCAAAUAUUACUUUCAAAACUCAAGAAGAAGCAUUGGCAGCAAAAAACGAGGGCAAGUAUCUGGUUCCAGAAGGCCCACCUGUGUCCAUAUUUUUAAGAUCCAUUUCAAAAACUAAGUCUCCAGAUGAAAAACAGACUCACUUUCGAGAAUAUCAGCCAAGGUCGAAACCGGUUCCAGGAAGUGUAGAGGAUGAAUUAGCCAGCAUGGCAGAAGUUGCCGACUUUCAGGCAGAUGACUUUCCACCAGCUGUUAAAAAAAUUGAUGUGCCGAAACCAGUAAUGGUUAGAAAAAGAUCACCAACUCCGCCACCUCCACCUCAGCCUCAAGUUCAGGAUGUGGAUGUGGCCAGAGGACUUUGGAAGAGCAUCUUCAGAGCCCAGGCCAAAGAUACACCUGAGAGACUUGCAAUACUAGACUCCAGGGAUAAGCUUCUUCGACUCUUACGUGGCAAGCAACAGACUGAUCUAGCCACAGCUAAAGCUUUUGUGGGGACUUGUCCAGAUAUGUGUCCAGAAAAAGAAAGGUACUACAGAGAAGACACUCGCAGACUGUCUAUAUUUGAGGUCAUUCCAAGCACAGCCACCAGUUUGACAGGUCUAAAAUCUAAAGUAGAUCAUCUACGGGCUGUCAAGGAGUACAGCAGAUCUUCAGCUGACCAGGAAGAACCAUUGUCACAUGAAUUGAGACCCCUGAAAGUGCUAGAAAAUACAAUGAAUUAUUUGUUGUCACAAGUAGCUGAUCUGGGAGAGGAUGGGAAGUGGUCAGAGUGGUAUGACUUCUUGUGGAAUCGAACCAGAGGAAUAAGGAAGGACAUAACCCAGCAACAGUUGUGUGAAGUUCAAGUUGCAGAACUAUUAGAGAAGUGUUCCCGCUUUCACAUCUUUUGCUCCGAGAGACUGUGUGAAGAGGACAUGAUGACAUUUGAUGCCAAGAUAAACAGUGAGAAUCUCACAAAAUGCCUCCAGACAUUGAAGGAACUCUAUGAUGAUUUGGAGAAACGGGGAAUCUUUUGUCCCAAUGAGGCAGAGUUCAGAGGCUACAUGGUGCUGAUGAAUCUUAAUGAAGGGGAUAUUCUCAGAGAGGUGCAGCAGCUGCGGCCAGAGAUACGAGACUCCCCUCACAUCAGCUUUGCGGUCCAAGCCUACAAUGCUCUGAAUGCCAGCAACUAUGUGAGGUUUUUUCGGCUGAUUGAGGAAAAAGCAACAUUCUUGAGUGCUUGCAUUCUCCAUCGAUACUUUAACCAGAUACGCAGUAAAGCUCUGCUUAUCAUUAUGAAAGCGCAUGGUGCCCUGGGAAAGAAUAUUGUCUUGUAUCCUGUUGAAGAGAUGAUUCGUCUCUUGUGCUUUGAAGAUGCUAGGGAAGUGGAAUCCUUCUGCUUUCAUUACUGCCUGUCUUUGAGAGGUGCAGAUGUUGUGCUAGAUGCAAAGGCAUUCACUGAACCUGAGGGAUCAUUACCCCAGACCAGGUCUCAGUCUCUUAUUGAGAUUAAGGAGGAGAAUAUGUCAACUGGAGAAGUUAUAAAUGGGUCUCCACUGUCGCCACUACAGCUGUCACCUCCAUCCUCAAGUUUUGACCAAGAUGGAGUGUUUAUAAUGUCCAGUGACAUUCAGGAAGCCUUGG